AUGGAAGAAUCAUUUCCCAUGACCGGUGGAGAUGGCCCCAACAGUUAUGCAAAGAAUUCCAAACGUCAGAAAGGAGCAGCAGAUAAGGCGAAAUCAGUAUUAGUUGAAGCAAUUAUUGAAAAGCUUGAAGUAGAAGAUACACCUUCCAUUGCAAGCACAUUUCGAAUUGCCGAUUUAGGCUGUUCAACGGGACCUAACACAUUCUUUUCCGUGAAUACAAUUAUAGAAGCCGUAACCCACAAGUACAAAACCAAAGGGCAUACUAGCCUGCCUGACUUCCAAGUACACUUCAAUGAUCAUGUUUCCAAUGAUUUCAACAUGCUUUUUAACAGUCUUCCUCCAGGCCGUCAGUACUUUGUAUCGGGAGUUCCAGGUUCCUUUCAUAGCAGAUUGUUUCCAAAAGCAAGUCUCCAUUUUGUCUACUCUGCCUAUGCUCUUCAAUGGCUUUCAAGGGUACCGCAGGAGUUAAGUGACAUUAAUUCACCUGCAUAUAAUCGUGGGAGGAUAUUUUAUUCAAAUGCACCAAACGAAGUUGGCAAGGCUUAUACAGCUCAGUAUGUAAUGGACAUGGAGCGUUUCUUAGCUGCUCGAGCAAAAGAGAUAGUCCCUGGAGGAUUAAUGGCCCUUCUGAUUCCAGGACGCCCAGAUGGGACACUUCCAGCAGAAUCAUCAAUCGGCCCCUUCUUCCAGCCCCUGGAAUCUUGCCUCGUGGAUAUGGCAAAUGAGGGAAUAAUUAAUAAAGCUAAAAUCGAUUCAUUCAACUUGCCUAUGUACAGCCCAUCCCCUGAAGAGCUAAGACAACUCAUACAGAAAAAUGGGAGUUUUAGCAUAGCGAGAUUGGAAAGCAACACAGAUGCGGGGAGCAAACGGUUGUGUGGAGCAGGUGAGUGUAGAUCUGGGUUAGAGAACAUCAUCGCAGGACACUUUGGGAGUAAUAUAGUAGAAGAAUUAUUUGAGCGAUACGCCAAGAAAAUUGCAGGAUGCCCUCCCCUUGACACUGGUGACACAAGUGGAAUUGGAUUAUGCAUCAUCCUCAAACGCAACCACUGAUGAGAAAUCUGCUCUCUGCUUGCUUCAUCUAUUUCACUUCUAUGCACGAUUGAUUUAAUUCAAGCUGCUCCUUUGGGCCAUAUUCAUACAUCCUUUGCCUUGUUUUUUUUUUUUUCUCGUUUCUGGUUUUUCUUUUGUUGCAACUUUGCUAAGACAAGCACACAAUAUUAGAGAUGUACUGUACUUCUG